GUUCCGCCCAGAAGGGAAAUGACGCCGGUGCAGAAGAUGGAGUCCGUAAAUCCUGUGGGCUGCUGUGCUCCUGUAGCCGUCUAAUUCGGAGCCUUGUAGGGGGUCCCUUCGCCCGUCACAUGGACCACCGUGGGAACCAGGCAGUCCCCCGCUGCCCUCCUCUCUCCUGAUCCCGGAGCCGAACCCCUUACUUCAUGUCCGACGGAGCCAGAGCUGCCUGGUCCAAGAGGGGUUGUGGGGAUUCGCACCGCCGAGGUGAUUGACGCUCACAAAAGGGAGUUUGUUAGCAUCUACAGGACACAAGGGGCACUGUCCUCUGAUUGGCUCGGACAACCCCCUCUGACAUGCCCGUGGCCAAUCAGAGGUGUGUUAUGUCGGGGGGAGAUGUGGAGGUGUACCUGUCCCAGGUGCAUGAUGGGAGCGUGUCGUCCGGUUUCCGUGCACUUUACGAAGAGCGCCUGCUGCUGGAUGUCACGCUGCUCAUAGAGGAGCACCACUUCCAGGCCCACAAGGCGCUGCUGGCCACCCAGAGCGACUAUUUCCGGGUCAUGUUCACGGCCGACAUGAGGGAGCGGGACCAGGAUAAGAUCCACAUGAAAGGGCUGACAGCCGCCGGCUUCGGCCACAUUCUCCGAUUCAUGUACUACGGCGCUCUGGAGCUCAGCAUGCCCACCGUCCAGGAGAUCUUGCAGGCGGCCAUGUACGUCCAGCUGACGGAGGCGGUGGAGUUCUGCUGCUCCUUCCUGCUGGCUAAGAUCUGUCUGGAGAACUGUGCUGAGGUCAUGCGCCUCCUGGAGGACUUUAGCGUCGGCGUGGAGGGCGUCCAGGAGCAGCUCGACAACUUCCUCCUUGACAACUUUGUCCCUCUCAUGAGCCGAUCCGACUUCCUGUCCUACCUCAGUCUGGAGAGACUCCAGGCCUACCUGAACAGCGACGCUCUGAGCCGCUACCCAGAAAUCGAGCUGUACGAGGCGGUCCAGGGUUGGCUGAGACAUGACCGGCGGCGCUGGAGGCACACGGACACCAUUGUGCAGUCCAUCCGCUUCUGUCUCAUGACGCCUGCCGACAUCUUUGAGAAGGUGAAAACAUCAGAGUUCUACCGGUAUUCCAGGCAGCUGCGGCAGGAAGUGGAUCAGGCGCUCAGCUACUUCCAUGAUGUCAACCAGCAGCCUCUGAUGGAGACGCGAUCCAACCGCAUCCGCUCCGUCCGCCCGCAGACCGCCGUCUUCAGGGGGAUGAUCGGCCACAGCAUGGUGAACAGCAAGAUCCUGCUGCUGCAGCGUCCCAAGGUGUGGUGGGAGCUGGAGGGUCCUCAGGUGCCGCUCAGGCCGGACUGCUUGGCCAUCGUCAACAACUUUGCCUUCCUGCUGGGCGGAGAGGAGCUGGGGCCCGACGGAGAGUUUCACGCCUCAUCCAAAGUUUACCGCUACGACCCUCGGCAGAACUCGUGGUUGCGCAUGGCUGACAUGUCUGUUCCCAGGUCAGAGUUCGCCGUGGGAGUCAUCGGAAAGUUCAUUUACGCUGUGGCAGGUCGCACCCGUGAUGAGACGUUCUACUCGACGGAGCGCUACGACAUCACAGAGGACCGCUGGGAGUUUGUGGAUCCGUAUCCUGUUAAUAAAUACGGCCAUGAGGGAACCGUCCUAAACGGCAAACUGUACAUCACAGGUGGCAUCACGUCCUCCUCCACCUCCAAACAGGUGUGUGUGUUCGAUCCGGGCCGGGAGGCAGGUGGCGGCGGCGGUGGAGGAGGAGGAUGUGGUGGUGCUGGUGGCUUGGACUCUCACAGGACGCGCGCGGCCCGUGGCUCGCUGCUGCCCGGCAACCACGCCAGCUGCUGGGAGAACAAAUCCAAAAUGAACUACGCACGCUGCUUCCACAAGAUGAUCUCCCACAACGGGAAGCUGUACGUGUUCGGAGGGGUGUGUGUAAUCCUGCGGGCGUCCUUCGAGUCACAGGGCUGCCCGUCCACCGAGGUCUACGACCCGGAGACGGACGAGUGGACCAUCCUGGCCUCCAUGCCCAUCGGGCGCAGCGGCCAUGGGGUGGCGGUGUUGGACAGGCAGAUCAUGGUGCUGGGCGGCCUCUGCUACAACGGCCACUACAGUGACUCCAUCCUCACCUUCGACCCCGAUGAAAACAAGUGGAAGGAGGACGAGUAUCCCAGGAUGCCUUGCAAACUGGACGGUCUGCAGGUUUGCAGCCUACACUUUCCAGAGUACGUGCUGGAGCACGUUAGACGCUGCAGCUGAGGUCUGCUCCCCCGCCGCGGCUCGUUUUAUACAGACUGUUCCAGAACCGAGGCGUCCCACCGGGUGGGCAUGCCCUGAUCUUUUAAACCAGAGACCAGCACUUUCCGUAGGGAGAGGAACGGGGCUGCGGCCGCAGAGUCGUUCCUCCUUACCAAUGAAGGCAGCCGACCUGCGCUUUUACUAGGCCUCCCAUUUAACCAGUCAGUUGAACAUUUUCACAACCACCAAUUUCUCAGACGGUUAAAGGAAAAAAAAUGAUGUCAGGGCGGAUACAAAAAAAAAACAGGUUUCAUUCUGCUGGUUUGUGUUACGGACUGCGUCUAUAAUCACCAGUAAUUCUGUUUAGGCCCGGUCAGGCUUGCUGCAGAAACGCACUGGAAGCGGCCGAGUCCAGCAAAUUCACAAGUCACAGAAAUCUCCGCUCGCUUCCAGAGGCUCGUACACCAAGAUAUUUCUUUAAAUAGAUUAGCAGAAAUAUUACCACUACUUUAAAUCCCUACAAAAUUAAUAUCAAUAAGUAUAGCACUAUAUUCGGUAGUGUAGCUGAUUGUAUAAUCCGUCUCCAAAUAUAAAGAAGCAGUCGGUAGGAAACUAUUUAAGGCGUACAACAGAUGAUGCAUCGGAUCCUGCUGAUGCCGUGGUCUGCCACCAGCUUUAAACUCAUUACGGUUCCCUUUUUUUGCUUCCAGUGCGUUCCAGCUUUUAGUCCCAGUUCUGCUCUUUGAUUCCAGAUAUCCAGCGUACUGUGCUCAUGGUCAUAUAUAACACUGCAUCACGUGUCUUUCUACGCUCCCCUGCUGCCUUCUGUGAAACGGUUUGAAAGUGUGUGUGUGUGUGUGUGUGUGGGAGGGAUCCAUUAUAUGAUAGAUAAUACACAGGUUAGGGGCUGAGCUGCUGUACGUUUGAUUUUGUUUACAUUCCCAGCACUUUAUUGGUUCAUAAUGUGAGUGUAAAUAGUGUAGCUUGCACUGUAUCGCUGGAGGAAUUUCACUGCGUCUAGAAUUACUCUCUGAGUUUAAAUGAAGGAAAAAUGUUCCCUGGUUGAAAUAAGAUGUGGGAUUUUUGGGCAUUUCAAUAAAUCUGGACCUCAUUCAAGAACAUUUUCUAUUAGCAGAAUCUCAACAUUUAUUCUCCACCUGACUGAAAUUGUUUUGUGUUUUCACUGCGGGGAUAAAUUAUAAGGGCAUUUUUUGAAAUGUUCUUUUCCAUUGGUUUAACCUAAGGUUUUUCAAAAUAUCAACAAAAUCAUCCGUUAAUGUCUAACCAUUAUAAUGUUAGAUCAAUGACCAUUUAAAAUCUGCUUGAUACAUGUUUACACUUUGUGAUAGAAGCAUAACUGUCCACUACAAAAUUUAAACCAUUGCUUUCUGUCUGCAAAAAAAAAAAAAAACAAGAGCUCAUCUACUUUGAUUAGUUUUCCAAUUGCUUUAUUAAAGUAUUCCUAAUUAUAUUUUGAAGACCAAAAUAUCUACCAUUUACAAAACAUUUUUACUAACAAAGCAUAUAAGUGAAUUCAUUGCAAAAAUGUGUAAGUUGGUAAAUAUAACCUGGCUUUAGCUAAUGCUAGCCACAGCUAAUUCAUCAUCUGGUUCUGACUUGAUUUGCCUUUAAUUAAAUGAAUAUACCUAAUUCUUUAGUUGACUAUAUAAAAUAACAGAGAAAAUAACCAGCAUAAUUUAAUCUUUUAUCAUUUUAGUUAGCAUAGCAUAAAUUGAAACAAAAUAUGCCAAAGUUAGCAUUAGCAGCUGGUCCCUGCAGCUAUCUUAUAUCGAUUUAGCUUUAAACGUUUAUUCGUUUUUUUGCUUUUUUUUUGCAAAGAAGUUUCCUCAUUGAUUAAUAGUUAAAAAUGUAUCAAAUAAAUGUAAGAAUUUAAUGUGAUUAAAUCAAAGUUUUAUCAUCAGAACAAAGGAAAGAUGGUGCGAGUAGAAUUGUUACUCUGAUAAGCUAUUUUAUUUCUUUUCCAUUAUAAACUAAUUUAACUGCAAAAAUGACUAUGUAAAAGAACCAAAUUGAUAUAAUUUUCACUCAGUGAAGUUUAAAACGCUAGAUAAUGGCAGAAAAUCUUUUGAUAAACCUAGCUUUAGCUUAUGCUAACCAACAGUUGGCUUUUAUGUGUUUUGAAACUAUGAAACAAUUUUGUAUUUAAAACAAAGAAAUUUUAUCUUGUUUGGUUUGUAAUUGUAUUAAAUGAUUUAAUACAUUUCUAUGAAACCAAUAUAGCUGCAGAAAAAAACCAAACAAAUAAAACAUAACAGCCUCAGUUCCAGCUAACUGCUGUUAGCUUUCACACUACUCUCCUCAAAUUAGCUGAUUACGGGUGUUUAUAACUUACAAGAAAAAGCACAAAAAUUGUUUAAAUAGGUGUAGUUUUAAAGGAUUGCAUCUGAAAAAGAAAGAGAACAAAAAGGUUGGCAUGAGAUUUGUAUGCUUUACAGUACAAUUUAACUUGCAUAUUUAUGAAAAUAAAACAAGCUGCUUUAGCUUUAGCUAGCUGCACUCAGGUUAGCAGCUGCCUUUCACUUGACUAGCUCUAUAACCGUAGGAUAUUCUUUCCUGUAAAACAUGUUAAAAUUUAAAAUAAAAACAACAAAAAUGUAAUCACCAUUAUCAAAUACUGUAACUGUGCUUAACUUAUGUAGAGACUUGUGUUGUUUAAUGACAUUUAAAUUACAUGAAAUAUGAGAUAUGGGAAAAAGUUUAAUUCAAAUUAGCUUUAAAAUUGUCCACACAAAGGUAUUUAGGUUGAUAUCUUGAUUUAUUUCAAAUGAGGCAUUUUAUGCUGGUGAAUAGUCUAAUAUUUUCAUAUUUUAAUUUAUGAUUGUUUAUUUGGUUGGCGUUUUGGAUACAGCUGCUUAGUACUUUGGGUCAGUUUUAUGUUUGUGCGACUUGUUCAAUAAAUGAAACAUCUUUAUUAAGAAACAGUUAAAUGUUUGACUAGUUGAGUGGAAGAAAAUAAAGGAUUUAGCAUUUUUUUCACCAAAAGAUCUGAAAUUCAGACCUUGAACUUCUUUUUCAAACAGUUUUCUACGUUAAAAUGUUCUUGUUUGAGGUCCAUUGGUAAUUAACCUCUGCUAAUGAUUACCAGCCUUUAUUUCAACAGAUUCUGUAGGUUUUUACUGACUGAGAGCUGUUUUCAUUUCAGACCAAGUUAUCUUUAGCACUGUUUUCUUUUUUUUUUAGAUUUAAUCCCACUGCUGUCUUAGAAUAAAGCUUGCACGUUUGAACAGCCUAACACCUUGAUUCAAUAAGCCACGUAGCUGUGUUUGACGACCAGCUUUAUUUUAGUUUUGCGCUGUGAAAAGGGCUAGAGCAAAUAACGAUGCAGUCACAUCUGUCCGCUGCGUAUUUAUUUAUUUUAUGAAGAUGUUGGUUUUUUUCCCCCUGAGCUAUGCAGUAACAGUAUUAGGAAUGUUUCAUUGAAAGCCCGGUUCUGUUCAAAUAUUUUUGUACGUCGUCUUCCGUCCUUUGCAGUUUGGCAUCUCCGUCCCUGCAGUGCAUGUGAUCUACAAGUGGAUGCUCCCGUUUUUUUAGUUCAUUGUUUUGUAAAGGGUCAGUAAAGUUAGCGAACUGGAAAAGCAUAAAUGCAGAUAACUCUUCAGUACAACUUAUUUGCUUACCGUAGUCUAGGUGUGAAUUAUACAUCAGGAAUUUUGGAGUAAACAUUCUCUGGUUCUGAACAUUUCAAAUCAUCAUUUGGGUGCUUUUAUUCAUGCAUUUAUUUUUAUACAAACAUUCCUGAGUGUUUCAUCCCUUUACAUUUCACAUUCAUCACAGUUUCUGCAGCUGGUUUAAUAAAAAGCCCAUAAACCAUGUCUCUGUCAUUACAAUGCUCGGUUUCCAUGUUGCUGUUUGAAGAAGAAACGUGUAACCAACAGAGUCCAUCUGUCCCUGUCUGAGGACCAUGCAGACACAGAGCAGCAUCCUAUAGUCCACCAGUCUCUAGCCGGUCACAAGGAAAAUGGAAGAGAGGAUGUUAGAAACAAAAACUCACAAUGCUUAUUCAACUGUCUGCAGGGGGAAUCGAUAAAUCUGAAUAACAUAUCUUACUCUGAGUAGAAACUCUUUGGAAACGAUUUGUAACUUCUUUCCAGAAAUAAAUGUUCAUACUGGUCAAGCUGUA